CCGCCUCCAAACCCCCGACCCUCCUCCACGCCUGACGUUCCAUCCUCCUCAUCCUCCCCAGUCUGCAGUAUCCUCCUCAGUUCUUCAUCUCCUACAUCCUCUAGAGUCUCACCAAAGAUCAAAGUUCUCUCUUGAUCUUCUGCCUACGCUCACUCACAACAGCCAAUUCAGUCAAAAAUCCUCUGUUGCCCCAUCUUCGUUCCUACGUGAGAGCAUUCCUGGAACUUCACCAGUUGAUCUUCGUCUGAUCCCAACCUCCUUCUACUUGCAGCCUCAGGAAAGCAUCGACAGCAAUCAAUCUUAAGUUGGCAGAAUCCUGGAGUCGGAGGCAGGAGGCGACCACGCGAAGAUGGAGGUUUAGUUGGCGUUGCUUUCUAGGAGAUCAAGGAGGAACAUGGGAGGCAUUGUAACCGUACCGACUUUCUCUGAGGGUGCUCGUUGCACUACCCCGCAGCCUGAGUGGUUUGUGAACCAAGGAUACUCGCUUCCUCUUGCAAAGGACAGGCGAAUUCGUUCAGCCAUCUCAAGGCCUGUGGGCGAGAAAGUGGAGCAAGAGCGACUAGUCCGGACGAGUCACAACACGCCGUUGCAGUCACCGACCACGUACGAGCAGCAGGCGAAGAAGGAUCCGCGCAUAAACGAGUGGAUAGCGAACUCGAUCGAGAGCACCACGGGGGCCAAAAACCUUCCUCUGCAACAGAUUCACAACCACGAGAAGUUCAAGAUCGCGACCAAGACCAAGGCCAGGACAGCAGAGGGGCACCGACGUCCUGGUAGACAUGUUGCAAGAGCGAUCGAGUCUUCCGCAGGAUGAGUAGUCGUCCUGUUGUAGUUACAGGAGAUUUUUGUUUU